GGGAAGGGCACUCAACGAGGAAGAUGUCUGGCUCCCUUUAGUCCUCAACCUCGGUGUCCUGUGAGAUUGGUGGUUCCUCGGCCAAGGGUGGCCUGGGCUUCCAGAGGCCUGGCUUGCAGUUCCUGCUCUGACCCCGGGGCUGAUUCCCUGCAGAUGGCACGGACCCCCAUGCUGCCCGCUCACCCCAAGAAGGCUGAGGCUGCGGUUUACAUCAUCCUUGGGCGUGGGGCUGACCUCGAAGAACGAAUUCGAAGAAAACGGGAGGAGGAGCGGGCUUGCCAUGGCGCCCGGCGCCCAUUGGACGCCUGUGGAGACUUUGGUUUUUGGGGUCAUGUUCCCAGAAGGCCUGCCCUCCCCCUCCCCCCUCCCCACCCACCUCACGAGGUGUUGGCCAAUCGCCCUGUCGGGCAUAAAGUGGCUGCCAGCCUGCAGGACACCCAGCCGAGCCCUGUCACCCCAGAGCGGCACGGGCCCAAUCGCCAGCACCCAGCAUGCAGGCACAGCUUCCACAGAGAGCAGUACUCAGUCUGGCCCUCAGUCUCCUGUUCCUGAGCAUGGCACGGGCCGCACGCGGUUGUUCCAGCUCCUCCCCACAGCUCCUCAGCCAGCUGCAGAGUCAGGCGAACAUCACAGGGGACACGGGAUCACUCUUGGAGCCCUAUAUCCACCUCCAAGACCUGAACACACCUACCCUGAGAGCUGCCUGCACAGAGUACCCCGUGGCCUUCCCGAGUGAGGACACCCUGCGGGCACUGAGCAAGCCUCAGUUCCUGAACACUGUCCACGCCACACUGGGCAGAGUCUGGCACCAACUGGGUGCUUUAAGACAGAAAUUCCUGAAGACUCGGCCUUUUCCAGCCCUGGAGAGGGCCAGGUGGAACAUCCAAGGCAUCAGGAACAAUGUCUACUGCAUGGCCCAGCUGCUCAACCACCCCCUGGAGAUACCUAAGCCCACACAGCCAGGCUCUGGGGCCUCGAUGUCCACUGCCACAACACCAAGCAUUUUCCAGACCAAGCUAGACAGCUGCCGCUUCCUGUGGAGCUACCACAGCUUCAUGGGCUCAGUGGGGAGGGUCUUCAGGGAGUGGAGAGAUGGCUCCAGCCGCAGCCGGAGACACAGCCCUAGACACAGCCUGCUCCGGGCCUGGCACAAGGGAGCCAGCAGAAUCAGACCCUCCAGGAGCAGCCAGAGCCCCAUGUCCAGGGUCCAGGUGCCCCGGUAGCCUUAGGACACACUGACGGACACAGCAUAGUCUGUGGAUGCAGGAUGUCGCCUCUCAGAGGCUUUGGGAGCUGCUCCUGCAUUCAGAGUUGUGCAGAACAGCACUUUAAGGUGUGGUGUUGGGGGGCCCUCCCACCACAGCUGGACUGUGAGGAUAGUCAGGUUGUGGUGCCCCACUCCAAGCCACCAGUCCGAGCAGGGCAGCUGGGUCAGGCCACGUGGGCCUGGCUUUCCAUUGAUUCAGGGGUCUGAUGACACAAGCUGACUCACAGCUGGGCUGAACCCCCUAGGCUGUUGUUGGUCCUUUCCUCUCAUGACUUGAGUUGUUGCCUCCAGACUUCCUCCUUUCCCUGUGGCUGGGUUCUAAAGGGAAGGUCAGGCCCAGGACUCUCCCCCAUGCCUCAUCCCACUCAGACCACAUACCUGGACAUCUGGGAGACCUCAUGUUUGGCAGUUGCGACAGAGGAAGGGUGUCCUAAAAGGAGCAUUGAUCUAGCAGUUCAAGGGAAGAGAGCUCAGAGUCCUUUCUGGUUCCCUAAGUGGGCAGGACACAUUUUGAACGUCAGUGUUCUCUAUGGAAAGCUGAGUUUGGGUCCUUAUGUAAGGCCCCCUCCUCCUGUCAGCUGCGGAACUCUGUGGCACAGGGUGAACAUCAAAGUCUCUGUAAAUGGGAACAUACGGUGCAAACGGUCAUGGGGUGGGUUUAUGGGAGAUCUCCCAGUGCCCACAAGCCCCAUCUUGGGUCCUCGCUGCUUGUUGCUCCCUCUGGUGGUGAGUUGUGGAAUUUUCACACUCUGAACCGGUCCUCCUGGAAGAGGACUCAAAAGCUGAUGAGCAAUUAAUUAAUUACUUGGAGGGACAUGACUAAUUUAUUGAUUUUUUUUAUCAGUUUUUAAUCCGUUUUAUAUUUAUAUGGCUUAUUUAUAAUGUAUAUUUAAUGUUAAUAUUUUGCUAACGUAUUUAAAACUUGCCGAGUUUCUAAA